AUUCUAUUUGAAUGAGUAAACUAUGAAAUCGCAAGACAAAUCGUAGACAGUAAAUACGAUCACAGUGCUAGAGUGUUACAGUAUUAAAUAUUAUAAACCAAAUUAAAAAGGAUGGUCAGAGUGAAAAUCCCCCCUUUGGAUGACUCAGAGCUUCUCCAGCCUUGGACCGGAGGUGGUGAAAAUGUUGAAGAUGAAGAAGAGGAAGAAGAAAAAAAUAAGAAGAAGGAGUUCAAAAAAGGGUCGACAUAUGUACCUGACUGGGAACCCCCAAAGAUGGAACCGAUAGAAAACAUAUUCGUUCCUAGAAGGGAGUGGGGAGCGGGACCCCAUAUAGAGGGGCAUACUUAUCUCAGUAAGCCCAUACUGUUCGUGAGGUUCUGGAAAUACACGGACACGGAGUCUUGCGAGGACAAGGAGAAGUGUAUGAAAUUAGUGAAGGAGAUUCAGGAACGGCACAAGGCUAGAGGGUUUGGAGACAUAACUCACAACUUCUUACUAGGUGGAGACGGAAAAAUAUAUGAAGGACGAGGAUGGGACUACAAAGCUCCAACAGAUACUAGAUACAAACAUGACAAAGAGAGAUACAUGGACGUGGCUUUUAUUGGGGACGAGAGAAGAAAAACUGAAGUUAUGUACCAAUCUAUGUUUACGCUGUUGGAUCACGGAUGCAAAAUGAAAUAUAUAGACAAGGAAUACUACCAAGUAGAAUGGGGCCAAGAGGCUCAAAAUAUAGAUACGACUACGAAGGAAUUGACAUCAAGAGCUUUAGGGCUUCUGACAGACCAAAAUGGAGACGAAACGCAAAAAGAAAUCAGUUAACACUAUAUUAAACUCUUGAACAAAGACUUAAUACGUUGAAAUUUUUUUACUAAUUUUCUUCGGGGAGUUGAGGCAUCAUAAUAAUCUACAGACAUUUGUAGGUAAAAUAAUUUGUAUUUUUGUACUGAAAGGUCAAAGUGACACUAGCUCGCGAUUAGAUUUUAUAAAUUGAUGUAAUUUUAUGGUUAAAAGUUAUUUGACUACUAAAUAGGUUUUUGUGUACGGUAUUCAUAUAUUAAUGAGAUCGAUUC